GAUCUUUACAACGAUGAUUGCUUAGGGGACCUUGCCAGCUUGGCACGCACAUGCAAAGGCUUUUCGGAUUCAGCCCUCCGUACUCUGUGGGAAACGGUCGUCGACAUAGGAUCUCUGAUAGAGUUGCUGCCCUCAUCCGCAAUGAUAUGGCCAGGCAAGGAGUACCGCAGCAGCGCGAUCCUAUCGCGGCCUUUCACUCCGCAAGAGGUUGUCUCGAUUAUCCGAUACGGUCUCCUCGCUCGUAAUCUCCAACUAUCAACUGAAGAACUUGCCAAGUAUCAUGAUAUCUUAAAGGCGAUAGCGGAAGUCUCUGGCCAGGUCACACUAUUUCCCAACCUCCUCACCCUCACAGUCGACAUCGAUGCAACAUCCUCGGAUGAGAUUGCAGAAUGCCUUCUCGACCUUAUCCCUUUGUCACUCCACGGCAUCAACAUGUCUGUCAUUACCUCGCGGGCAUCUUCUCAGGUCCAGCGCAUACUCUUCGCCUUGAAAGGCCGACAACCUCUCAGCAUCCAGUCUUUCGCCUUCAGAUCGGAGGCUGCAUUCGUGGAGGGCCGCAGGAUGGUGGAAUUAUUGAACGGAUGGAAUAGCCUCCGUCGCGUCACAAUAUACGGCUGCCUUCGUCCAGAGGUCGCUCUCGCAGCCCUUGCGCUUCCUAACCUACAUUCGCUGGACCUUGGGACCAACGAACCUCGAGGAGAGUCGCUCAAAAUAGGCAGCGUAUCCACUGCGCGUACUCUACGCAAAUUAAGCAUAUAUUAUCUGGACGACUACUCGUCUGCGACCAACUUCAUCACCUUACUCCCGAAUGCAUCGCUCGCAACGAUCACCGUCACGGCAUACGGCAGCAUCGCGCAUCUCAAGGAGUUCUUCUUGGCGCUCUCUCGUCGCCGUCCCGUCACGGUUUUGCGCGAACUCGACUUGCGUCUAAGCUGCAGCCGUGACCCUGAGAUCGCUCCGGCACUCUCCUUCCACGACCAUGUCUCGUCGCUUCUCGUCUUCCCCAACCUAGUCCACCUAUUCAUUAAUAUUGAUGCAUCCCUGUCUCUGAGCGACGAGGACGUGCGACGGAUGUCCCUCGCUUGGCCUCGUAUCCGAUGGCUCACCCUCUAUGGUGCCACGCCGGAGAGCAGACAGCUGCCCGAAUGCACCCUGCCGGCGCUCCUGUGGCUCGCCCGCCAUUGCGCUGAGCUAGCCUGGCUUGAUAUCAGUCUCGACGCUCGAGUGACAGCCAUUCCUAGCGGCAUUCCAUCAAGGGCCACCCAACGCUCGCUGCGCACACUCAUACUGCACCGCUCGCCCAUCGCGUCCAGCGCCGAUGUUAUCCGAUUCCUUGCGUGCCACUUUCCCGGGCUGCGUAUCAUCGAUGGAGUGGAUCAGGUGGGGGAGCAGCCUCGAUGGAGAGAUGCUCAGGAAGAAUUCAGAAGGAUUGCCAAGGAGGUUUAGGUGCGGAAGGAAUGGCAGCGCGUGGUCACGUCGAUAAUGGGUCUGGACAGUUGACACUUACCCUGUCAAUUAUUUUCGGGAUUUCUAUAUGCUGUCCAACCCUUCACUGGGCUCAUACGAGGUCCGUGCAGGCCCACUUGCUGGCAUAUACAAUGCACUGGCGGCUGCAAUCGAG